CGAAGAAGAAGAGCGACCAACAACAUCCAGCAUGAGCGCGGUGCUGGCCGUAACAUCUGGACACACACACACUCACACACACACACACUCACACACUAAAGCUGAACGAUGCGCUGCACUAUGCGUAAAGCAGACCCACAGCAGAUGUGUCUGAAGGAGUUGUGUUUCCAGGCGGUGAGGAGACACUUCGCUGCUCUCGGCAUUCAGCCUCUCCUUGAUCUGCCUACGCCUCUCAUUAAGGAGCUCCUUCCCUAUCUGACAAUAUGUCAGCUGGAUGAGCUCCAGCCUCCUCUGAAUCAGAGAGGGAUAUCGACCUACUCCGGGUGGAUCGGAGUCCUAGAUGAUAUGUUUGGACCUAAACAUGUAGUCAACUUUCACACAGAAGAAGAGGCCAAACAUGAAGUCAUGAGAAAGCUUUUCACUCUUGUGUUCUACGGCUUCUCCAACCACUUUGUCAAACGUAACAUCGCAAACUUAGACACCCCAUCUAUCCUGUGGGCUGCGGCUAAAUGUAUCAGACAUUUUUUACUUGUUCCGGGUGUUCAUAAGUCCCUUCAAAGUCUAACUGCUGAGCGGCGGCCUCUUCUGAACCUUUUAGAGGAGCGCAUCGAGAGCGUUGGUGUAUCGCAGUCUAUCGAUCUUUCAAAGAGGAAGUCACAAACUGAUUUGUACGUCCUCCAUCGCCUGCUGGACCACGGGCUGGCUAAAAAACUCACUGUACAUGUGCAAUGUCCUGUUGUGCUUGCGUGGCUCCUACAUGGAAGGGGGUCUCAGUGCGUAAGCCCUGAGCUGACAAACCUAAUGCACAGCAAAACGGCUUCAGCCAGUGAUGACGGGGCCAGUUGUAGUCCAGGUCUCCAGACUGGGACUUCAGGAGAUCAGGAUGAUGAAGUCACUCCGUGCAAACGCUCAAAGUUGGAUUCCGUGUGUGCGGAGGAGGAGGAGGAAUCUGGAAAAACAAACUUUACUCUGGACCCGCAGCUACUCUGUCAAACCUUCACUCCAUGUGACGGUCCGUCAAGAGCUUGUCCAUGGGGACAGAUCCACUGUCUGGAGAUCAGGGAGUGUGGGGCUGACUCUCUUAGAGUGCUGAACCGUGCCCUGCCUACAUUUUUCUGCCUUCGCUCUCUAACACUUCACAGCUUUUCAACACUUGUGGACUUGGAUGUGUUGGACCUGGCCAGAGCUCUGGGGAAGCUGUCUGAGAGCUCUCGCAGCUCCCUCACAGAUCUGAGCAUCAGCGUCCUGCCGUACACAGAGCUCCUGGAGAUCCUGCUAGACGCAAGCCCCAAAGUGACGUCCCUGCACGUGGAGAUCCAGACUGUGAUGUGGGGACCACGCUUCUUACUACAUCAUUCCACGACUAAUGAGUCAGAGCUGCCGCUGCAGAAGCUGACAGUCAAAGUGGGUGAUCUCCAAACAGACCUGCACUUCAUCACAUCUGUGCUCAGACGCUCCCCACAUCUGACCUCAUUUCACGUAUCCGGGAUGAGAUUACCGAUUGGCUCCUCUCAGAGCCAACUUCUCAACACUCUCUCAGAGUCAAAUCACUCCUUGAGGAGUCUCAACUUGGAGGACAUGAAGCUGUCCGAUUGUCACCCUGCCAUCCUAAAUCUACUGAGAGACUGCAGGUUAGAAGAGCUCCGGGUUAAUGACUGCCGCCUUCUUGAGAGGUGCAGCAACAAGGAGGAGAGUCUGCAGCAGCUGGUGUGCGCUCUGAAGACACUGCCAUCCCUGCACAGACUCAGCCUGGCUCAGAAUCGGCUGGCCAAGAACGUGAGUGUGCUGGCGGAGCUGUUCUCAGGAGGCUCCCCGAGCUCAGUGAGACGACUGGACAUCAGUUCUAACUUCAUUCAGCCUGCUGACCUGCUGGAGUUCGCUGAGAGGCUGAGGACACAUCGUCCUCCGCACCAACUGACCCUUGACCUCAGGAAAAACCCAGGGGACCGAGACCCCGACACAUGGAACGCUGCAAUGCAGAGGCUCAGUCCAUUCUGUGUUCUGCUGGUCGAAGGAUGGAUAUCCACAGACACAAUGGCAGACCACAUCAGCAAUAUGUGAGCACGGACAGAGGACUAUCCCUGAGUAUCAAGCACUGCCUGUGAAAAAUACAGCUGUGGUCAGUUUGACUUGAGUUCAGCUCAUUAAAGGUUCCAGAGUUUUCACUGAAGAGUGACGUCACGCAGUAUUAUUCUACAUGUCCAAGUGCACAGCUUCCCCUCUGUCUGCCUGUGCAACAUGGAAAUAUGUAAGUUGAUGGAGUUGUAGAGGUGGUUUUGUACGUUCUUUGUGUGUCUGAGGUUUUAUUUGUUCUCUUGUACCUGAACGUGCAGUUGGGAAGUAAAAGAGCACGACAUGUUAGUUUGACAUUUGAAUCAUUUAUUAAACCAACGUCCGUUACA